GUGAGAGGACUUCAUUGCGCAGGCUUAACCAUAAUGGCUUUGUGCUGUCAAAAUAUGAUAUGAUUGUUCCUGUAUUCCGUCACAAUGCGUCGCGUAUUGUUUUAGUGAUUCUAUUGACCGUUAAAUCGUGAUUAUCGUGGGCCCUCGCGGUAACCUUCGAAUCGAGAUCGAUUGAACAAGUGUACAUAAAAAAAAAAAGGGCGCGUAUUGACAGUGCAAAUCCUAGAAAGCAAACAAUGGAUCAAUACCUUGCGGAGGAGGGUAACGUGCGGAUACGACGAAAAAUCGUUGGUUUAUUGUAACGCUUUUUCCCACUCUGCGAGCUUCUUGUGGCCGAAAGCUCGGUAAAGGUGAAUCCCGGCCGCCAGCAUGGAUAAAUCGGACAAUCAAUUGAAAACCUGGAAAAAGAAAAAUAUGAAGUCGAAUGCGUCGACGGAGGUGAUGACCCAGUGCGUGCAGGUCGUCGUACGGUGUCGACCGAUGGACGAGAAGGAAACGACCCGCGGUUAUACGCGCGUGGUGGACGUGUUUCCAUCGAGGGGAGUGGUCGAGAUUCGUCAUCCACGGGACGAUCCAUCCAGCGACAAUGUGAAAGUCUUUACGUUCGACGCGGUCUACGAUUGGAAUUCCAGCCAGCUGGACUUGUACGAGGAGACGGUCAGGCCGCUGGUGUCCUCCGUUCUCGACGGUUUCAACGGCACUAUAUUCGCCUACGGGCAAACCGGCACCGGGAAAACGUACACCAUGGAGGGCACGAAGAACGACUACGAGAGACGCGGCGUGAUACCACGGUCGUUCGAGCACAUUUUCAAUCACAUAGGCAGAUCGGAGAACAUGCAGUACUUGGUGCGUGCCAGUUAUCUGGAGAUUUAUCAGGAGGAGAUCCGUGAUCUUUUGCAGCCCGAUCAGACUCUGCGGUUCGAGCUGAAGGAGAAACCGGACACGGGCGUGUUCGUCAAGGAUCUGUCCACGUCGGUGUGCAAAAGCGCCGCGGAGAUACAGCAGCUGAUGAACACGGGCAACCAGAACAGAACGAUCGGCGCGACGAACAUGAACGAGCACAGCUCAAGGUCGCACGCGAUAUUUCUGGUCACCAUAGAGAUGGGAUCUAUCGGGGACACGGGUGGAAUAAGAGUGGGUCGUUUGAACUUGGUGGAUCUGGCUGGUAGCGAAAGACAGAGUAAAACCGGUGCAUCUGGUGAGAGGCUGAAGGAAGCCAGCAAGAUCAACUUGAGCCUGUCGGCUCUGGGUAACGUGAUCUCUGCAUUGGUGGAUGGAAAGACCACUCACGUGCCGUACAGGGACUCUAAACUCACUAGGCUGUUGCAGGACUCUCUGGGUGGGAACUCCAAGACCAUUAUGGUCGCGAACAUUGGCCCAGCUAGCUACAACUACGACGAGACUUUGACGACCUUGAGGUACGCGAAUCGCGCUAAGAACAUCAAGAACAAGCCGAGAAUAAACGAGGAUCCGAAGGACGCUCUGUUGAGACAGUACCAAGAGGAGAUCGGUCGACUGAAAGAGAAGCUGGCGCAGAAAGGAACGGUGCAAAGGCGGAAGAAGAAGCCGAAGAGGAAGAAGGAGGGCGAGGUCGUGGAUUCGGAAUCCGAAACAGAGGACAGUCGCUGCGAGGAUAACAAAAUCGAAACGGAUAAGAAGCUGAUAGCGGAACAACUGAAGGCGGAGAAACAGGAGACGGAGAAUCUCGUGUUGAGAAUAAAGGAUUUGGAGAGCAAGAUGCUCUGCGGGGGCAAGAACAUCAUCGAUCACACGAACGAGCAGCAAAGAUCGUUGGAGCAGAAGGCGGCCGAGAUCGCUGAACGCAAGAAACGGGAGGUGGAGAUGCAACAGAAACUCGAGGCCGAAGAGCUGACGAUGGUGGGCGUGAAGGAAACGUACACGAACCUGCAACAAGAAGUGGACGUGAAGUCGAGGAAGCUCAGAAAAUGUUUCACCAAGUUGCAAGUCCUCAAGCAAGAACUGGAGGACGUGACCAACGAUUUCAACAGGGACAGAAGGGACCUGGAGCAAACGCAACACGAGCUGAUGAAGGAGCUCAAGUUGAAGUAUCUGAUUAUUGAGAAUUUCAUUCCCGAGGAGGAGAAGAACAAAAUACUGUCGAGAAUUCAUCUCGACGAGGAAGAAGACUGUUGGAUAGUCAAGGAUCCGGAGCCAUCCAGUACAGACUCGAUAAAGAGACCUACGUCGAUUCCUGGCUCGCGUAGACCGGUUUCCGAAUACGCGCGAAUCGCUUUGGCCAUGGGAAGAGGUUGUCGUUAUGCGGGUGAGAAUAUAUUAAAUUUGGACCUUGACAUGCCGGCGAGAACAACGCUGGACUACCAGGGGCCCGUUAUCGCGCCCACGAUUCAAGCUGUCCUCGAGGAAGCGCUGCGCGACGAGGGCGACAUCGACGUGGACGCCUCGAACGCGAAGCUCAGAUCUAAGCCACGUUUACAGUCCGCGAAGAUACGACCUAAGAGCGUUGGUAAGAUCCAACAGAUACCACCGCCCAUUUACCCAAAGACGAGGGGACUCGUGCCGAAGUAGGAAAUUUUAAUAAUUACGUUCCACUACGUCUGUAAAGAGAAUUGUAAAUAUUGUACGAACCACGGCCUGGGCCUGUAUUUGAUUAAUUUAUAUAACUCGUUGUGAUAUACGCCACCAUGGUACUCGCGUGUAUCGAUAAGUGCGACAUAGUUGGAAUCUUUAUAACUCUCUAGUCAAUGUGCACUGUGCAGCCGCGUAUUAAUAUAUUAAUUAUUUCAAUAUUGUAUCAAUAAACACACACGCAGAAUAAACGAUCAAUAAAUUUAGGUUUCUAAACCUGUUAUUAAAGGCUGGCAUCUGUGUACGUAGCUUUAAUAUUCGCUAAAAAUAAUAAAAGCACGGGAACAUAGAAUAAAACGAUUCGUUUAUGUAUGUUUUCUUUAUACAAUUAGACAUACUAUUAAUUUAAUGCUAUUGUUAAUAUUAUUAUUGGAUGCUAAGAAAUAUGUUCCUUGGUACGUUUUUAUAGUUUCUCUGAAAAAUGGAAAAACUUAAUACGCUUAAAAGUAUUUACAAAUGAAGGUUAUUCCUUUGCUCGUCCAAUACACUU